AUGAAUUCUACUAGCUGGGAUAGAGAUGGUUUCGUCGAUGCUAGGCCUGGAUCAUUAGUAAGAUUAGUUGGUCAAAAAAAUGUAAAAAACCUUGAUUUCUCGGAAUUUACGAAACCAAGACCAAUUGGAAAAGGUGCGACUGCAACUGUAUAUUCAACUACUUCUCGAAGAAAAAACUAUGCUUUAAAAAGUUUAAACAAUAAUCUUGAUAUGGAUAAACGAAAACUUAAACUACUUUCUCAAGAGAUUAUAAAUCUUAAUAAUGCUGCCCAUCCUAAUGUUAUUAAACUUUAUGGAAUUUCAAGAGAACCAAAAACGGGUAAUUUUAUGCUAGUGUUACAAUAUGCCAAUAACGGUUCACUACGUAAUUAUCUACGGAGCAAAUGUAAUGAUGGAAUCUAUACAAUUUCUUGGAAUGAGAUCUGUAGUAUCGCUAAAGGUGUUAUAAAUGGAUUGAUGUAUUUACAUGGGAAAGGGAUUGUUCAUCGGAAUCUUGUUAGUUAUGAAAUUUUUAAUCUUUUAUAA